UCGGAACUAGAAACGGGUGGAGGACUCCGCCAUUUCAGAUGCUAGUACUGAAAUAUCUUCCGACCGGAUUCUUUCAACCUCGUAGAAAUAAUCAGAAAAAUCCAUACGUUGUUUAUCAUUAUAUCAGUAUAUCUCUCUGUGUGUAUAUGUGUGUAGGUUUAACGUAGUUUAGUGGUUUUGUCGGUCAUUGUGUUUAUGGGUGUGUCUUUCUUACACACAGAGAUCAGACAUUAAACUCUUAAUUAACUUUAUUGUUUUUUAUUAACACACCUGCAUCAACAUGAAGACGAUCACUUUACUUUUCAUCAUCCCUUUAUUCAUCAACAGUGUGUUUGGUGAUGAAGUGAAGUCCGUGUCAGUGAUGGAGGGAGAUUCUCUUACUCUACAAACUGAUGUUCCUGACAUACAGACUGAUAAUGAUCUGACAUUAACAUGGACAUUUGGGGCUCAAAAGACUAGUAUAGCUCAUAUUAAUAGAGAAGCCAAAACAGCAUACACACAUCCUGAUGUUCUUGAUGGGAGAUUCAGAGACAGACUGCAUUUGAAUGAGCAGACUGGAGAUCUCACCAUCACAAACAUCACAACUCAACACACUGGACUUUAUCAAGUAGAUAUCACUGUUGGAAAUAAGCCUAUAAAGAGGAGUUUCAAUGUUAACAGUGUGAGGAACCCAGAAUCAGAUCAACUAAAAUCAGUGUCAGUAAAGGAUGGAGAUUUUGUUACUCUACACACUGAUGUUCCUGAUAUCAAGAAAUAUGAUUUGAUACAGUGGAGAUUUCAAGGGAUUCCUAUAGCUAAAUUCAAUCAAUCAGCCAGUGAAAUAUUAGAAGAUAAGAGAUUCAGAGACAAACUGCAGCCGGAUGUUCAGACUGGAUCUCUUCAAAUCAAGAACAUCAACAUGGAUCUCUCUGGACUUUAUGAAGUAGAUCUCACCAGCACCAGCAGCAGUUUUACCAUACAUCAGUCAUUCACAGUUACUGUCAGUGGUGAAGUGAAGCCAGUGUCGGUGUGGAAGGGUUAUCCUGUCACAAUAAACACUGAUGUUCCUGACAUUAAAACCUAUUAUCAGAUACUGUUGAUAUUUGGGUGUGAUGACAGGAUUGCUGAAGCAAAUAAACAGAACGAACAGUUCACUCUAGAGAAGCGAUUCAGAGAAAGAAUGAAGCUGAAUGACCAGACCGGAGAUUUCACCAUCAAAGAUAUCAGAAAUGAAGAUGCUGGAGAUUAUGAACUGAAGAUGAGUAGCAGUAGACGAACCAUUCAGAGGAGAUUCAGAGUUAAUGUCAGUGAGCGAGGUCUGUCUCCAGGUGCUAUAGCAGCAAUAUCUGUGUUCUUUAUCCUGCUUGCUGCUGCUGCUGCUGCUGCUGCUGCUGGUGGUGUGAUUUACUAUCAACACAAGAUCAAAUAUGAACAAGAUAUAAUUGGUACAACAAAAAUACUGGAAGUGUUAAAGGGAGUAUCUGUUGAUCUGAAGACUAAAGUUAAAGACAUAGAGACAGAUGAUGUGAUGGAGUGGAGAUUUAGAGAAACUCUCAUAGCUAAAAUCAAUCCUGCAAACAAUAUCUGCAGUACAUAUGAUGGUGAUGAUGAUCGAUUCAAAGAUAAACUGAAGCUGAAUCCUCAGACUGGAGAUCUGAACAUCAGUGACAUCAGUGAGGAACAUGUAGGAGUUUAUAAACUGAAGAUCAUCAGAGAUGGAAAAACCUCAGACAAGAGAUUCUUAGUGCGUGUCUUAUAUACAAAACUGGAAGUGGAUGAGGGGAAAUCUGCUGAUCUGGAGACUGAAGUUACUGACAUACAGAGAGAUGAUCUGAUAGAGUGGAGAUUUGGAGAUGGAGAAACUCUCAUAGCUGAAAUCAAUCCUGCCAACAAUAUCUUCAGUACAUAUGAUGGUGAUGAUGAUCGAUUCAAAGAUAAACUGAAGCUGAAUCGUCAGACUGGAGAUCUCAACAUCAAAGACAUCACGUGGAAACACAAUGGAGUUUAUACACUGAAGAUCAUCAGAGAUGGAAAAACCUCAGACAGGAUAUUUGCUGUGUUUGUCAGAUUUACACAACUGCAUGUGAGUGAAGGAGAAUCUACUGAUUUGAAGACUGAAGUUAAAGACAUACAGACAGUUGAUCUGAUAGAGUGGAGAUUUGGAAAAACUCUCAUAGCUGAAAUCAAUCCUGCCAACAAUAUCUUCAGUACAUAUGAUGGUGAUAAAGGUCUAUUCAGAGAUAAACUGAAGGUGAAUCCUCAGACUGGAGAUCUCAACAUCAAUGACAUCAGACAGAAAUACACUGGAGAUUAUAAACUGAAGAUCGUCAGAGAUGGAAAAACUGCAGACAGGAGAUUCUUUGUGUCUGUCAGAGCAGGAGGAGAUUCAGUGGGGAUAGAGAUGGAUCCAUUGUUGAAUAAACACAGGCAGUAGCAGUGAUAUUCCUAUAAUGUAACAUCACCAACAUUACAAACACAUCAGCAACACACCACUUAUAACCUCAAGCUCAUUUCAAUGAGUUUAAUCAAUCCACCUGUUUGUGCUGAUGAACCAGAACAAUUUCCUUUUGAUUUGCCAUUACAUAGAAACAUUUCAAUAGCUUGAAAAAACGAAGUUAAUAGAAAGAUAAGUCAUUAUAAAUAUAAUAAAAGUCAAUAAAAGUUGAUGUACAACAUCUGUUGUUCACACUGAUCUACAGAUAAACUCUGUUAUUAUUUUAAACAUAUAUUUCAGAUUUCAUACCUGUUUCUAGAUGCAGUCAUUGUGCACUGAAUGUAAUAUUGUUGUUUCAUACAGCUAGUACAAUGUUAUGAAACAAAUCCUAAAUAUCUCAUGUAUACCUAACAGAUGUACUACAGCAGUUUUUCAAUUGAUGUUUUUUUUAGUUUUCAUCAAAAGUCCCUGUGUCCUAGUAUUCAUACUUCACUCAUAUACAGUAUGCAAAACUAUGAGUGGUUAAAUGUGUAAAUGUGAAUCUGCAGAUGAACUGUGUUUUAUUUGUUAACCUGGUGAUCUGCUGAUCUUCACUUCUAGGUAGUGUCUAACCAGUGGUCAGUUUUCUAUCCCAUAAUGCCACAGGGGCAAAGGAGGCAUCAGAUUCAUGAAGUAAAACAAACAUAAAUACUUGUAAACUGAAAUCAUUUAAUUGUUUUGUAGUUGUGUUGUGUUCCUGUAGUUUAAGUGAUAGCGUGUGACGCUAGCAGCAGCUUUACGUUUAAUUUCUCUCUCAUUAGUUUAUCAGUGAAUAUUAACAGAUAUAGCCGUGCAUAAAUGAUUUUAUGUUCAAAUGUAAGAGUUACAUGUAUCAAACACAUUAUUCAUGUGCUUAAAUUGCUUUAAACAUAUUGUUCACAUAUUAUCAGGAAUGUAUUGAUACCAAACACUUGUGUACCCCAAGCAUGACAUUUAUUGAGAAGUAAAUGGUGAACAUAGUCUGUAAAGUUCACAGAUUCAGCUCAUGUAGCUUAUGUGUCUCAGUCUAAAGAGAAAUCAGAUUUUGAUGAUUCAGUCUUACAUUGACUGAUAGCUUCUGUGUUAGACUGAUUUGAUUUUUAUGAAGUUUUUCAGUUAUAUUAUUUUAUCCUUUUUUUUACAGCUUUGCCAAAUGUUUAUAUUCUAAACUCUGU